AUGUCCAAGGCAGAAAUUAACCAAACUCAUUAUGACAAAUUGAUGGAGAUUUUUGCAGGAUAUGAUGAUGUCUACAAUGCUUUGUACAGGCUGAAAACAAAUGACAAAGAAAAAUUAAACGCAUUAUACAAAAAAAUCAAACAAAACCUGAUUGACUCUUAUCAUAUUUCGCCUGGUGACAUUAUCAAUGAAAUAUCCCAACUUUCAAUUUAUAACAACCGCUACAUGAAGUCAUAUUUAGCAAUUGCCAAACAAAUUGUUGACGAAUACCAUCUAAAUCAUGUCAAUGAAAUCGACGCAGCUUUUGAUUAUCUUUUCUAUAAAGAAUACAACAUAAUAUUAUAUGAAAAGUGGGAAAAAAGUUUUAACGAUUUUGAAGAUUCUCAUUAUUCAUCUGAUAUUCACGACAAAAAUACAAUUUACAGAUCUAUUAUGGAUGAUGACAUAAAGUCAUUUAUAUUUUUUGCAGAAGGAGAAGGAUUUAAUGAAGAUCAAAAAAUAGUAAGUCUAUUAUAUCCAUUUCCAUUUGAUGGUAUUUCGUUACUUGAAUUAUGUUGUUAUCAUGGAUCUGUUGAUUGUUUUAAAAUCUUAGUAACAAAAUUUGAAUCAAAAAUCACUCCAAAUUGUCUUAGAUAUUCGUUUUUGAGUGGAAAUAAUGACAUUGUGUAUGAAUGCUUGAAAGUGCAAAAACCAGAUUUCGAAUGCAUGAAAUGUGCAAUUAUAUCACACAAUAUUGAUUUUGUCUCAUUUUUGAUGACUGAGUACAACAUAAACAUUAGUUUAACAUUGUGCUAUAUGUACAAUAAUCUUCAAUCAUUUUUAGUUUACUUGGAUCAAACAAAUGAUUUCAACACAUGUUUUCUUUAUUCCCCCUAUUUCCAUCUUUCAUCACUUUUAGAAUAUUUUAUUUCAAAUGGUGCAGAUAUCAAUGCUAAAGACGAAGAUGGAUCUACCCCUCUUCAUUCUGCAGCCGGUUGUAAUAGCAAAGAAGCUGCAGAAAUUCUUAUUUCAAAUGGUGCAGAUAUCAAUGCUAAAACUGAAGCCGGAUCUCCCCCUCUUCAUUUUGCAGCCAGUCGUAAUAGCAAAGAAAUUGUAGAAAUUCUUAUUUCAAAUGGUACAGAUGUCAAUGCUAAAAGAUCAGAUGGAUUUACCCCUCUUCAUCUAGCAUCAACUAAUAAUUACAAAGAAACUGCAGAAAUUCUUAUUUCAAAUGGUGCAGAUAUCAAUGCUAAAACUGAAGGUGGAAUUACCCCUCUUUAUCUAGCAUCCAUUAAUGGUAACAAAGAAAUUGCAGAAAUUCUUAUUUCAAAUGGUGUAGAUGUCAAUGCUAAAACGAAAUUUAGAUCUACCCCUCUUCAUCUAGCAUCCGGUAAGAAUAGCAAAGAACUUGCAGAAAUUCUUAUUUCAAAUGGUGCAGAUAUCAAUGCUAAAACUGAAGCCGGAUCUCCCCCUCUUCAUUUUGCAGCCAGUCGUAAUAGCAAAGAAAUUGUAGAAAUUCUUAUUUCAAAUGGUACAGAUGUCAAUGCUAAAAGAUCAGAUGGAUUUACCCCUCUUCAUCUAGCAUCAACUAAUAAUUACAAAGAAAUUGCAGAAAUUCUUAUUUCAAAUGGUGUAGAUGUCAAUGCUAAAACGAAAUUUAGAUCUACCCCUCUUCAUCUAGCAUCCGGUAAGAAUAGCAAAGAACUUGCAGAAAUUCUUAUUUCAAAUGAUGCAGAUGUCAAUGCUAAAGAUGAAGAUGGAUCUACCCCUCUUCAUUAUGCAUCCAUUAAUAAUUGCAAAGAAACUGCAGAAAUUCUUAAUUCAAACAAGACAAAAUAA